CGAUUAGAUUAUCAAUAAUUUUCCCUAAAAAAGAAAUGGCCUAUUCAAUUCUUUACCAAGCACUUGCGGCCAAGUCUGAAGAAACUUCAUGGAGGGUCGCAGCUUCUGGGGUUUUGGGCUCCACUUCCCUUGCAUGCUGGAUUGUGUUGUUGAUGCCGCAACUUAUCGAACAAUGGCGUAUGAAGUCCGCCGAAGGGAUUGCUAUUGGAUUUAUCUCCAUUUGGUUUUUGGGUGAUGUUUUCAAUCUUAUCGGUGCCUUAUGGGCGGGCUUGCUCCCAGAGGUCAUCUUUUUAGCAGUAUGGUUUUGCUUUGCUGACUUCUUGAUGAUUUCAUCUUAUUUCUACUACACCUACGUGUUUCCCAAGCACCAUCACCCCAACCACCGUAAGUCUUCUUCUUCGCAUGAAAAUGCUCCAUUGAUUGAGAGAAGAAGAAGAUCUUCCACUCUUACUGACAUUGCCUUGGAACCAGAGGGACAUAGUGUUUUCAUCAAGUAUUGCUUGCCUUUCAUUUUUGUGGUGGCUGCUGGUUGUCUCGGGUUCUUUUUGUCUGGGUCCAAGUCAGGAAACAAUGAUGAUUCCUCCACUCCUCCAGACAUCGAAUUGGGUCCUCAAAUCGUGGGAUACAUUUCUGCCGCCUUGUAUUUGGGGGCAAGAAUCCCUCAAAUCAUCCAAAACCACAAGAGAAAGUCUGUCCAGGGAUUAAGUUUAUUGUUUUUCUUGUUCUCCACCUUUGGUAACUUGACCUUUGCUGGCCAAAUCAUGUUCUACAGCACCGAACCACAAUACAUCGUCUUGAACAUGAGUUGGUUACUUGGGUCCCUUGGAACCAUUUUUGAAGAUUGUUUCAUCUUCUUACAAUUCUACAUGUACAAGAACAAUGUGGUUGCCUAGAUAAGAAAAUAUUCCUAAAACUCACACCCCCCCUGCCUUGCGUCGCAAG